AGAAAUUUAUAGCAAGGUUAAUGAAAUAAUAUAUACUCAAUCUUUCAAGAUUUAUUGUUUAAAAUGUAAUGAAAAAUUGCAAACGUACAAAGGUAAUCAGUAUAUUUAUGGUCCAAAAUGAAAUACUCUGAAUAUGUACAAUAUAUAUUAAAUAAUUGUUCCAUUAAACGUUCAUAUGCUGUACAAAUCCACGCUACACUUGUAUCACAAAUUGUGCAAAUUAUGAUAAUUCAAGCGACUUCAUAUCAAUUGUAAGAUAGAAUAUUUUUGUAAAGAUGUAAAAAAUAUCUGGUGCAAAAUAAUAAAUUAUCACAAUUUUUUUUUCUUACGCAAAGCACAAAGUGAGCGAGAUGAACAUAUACUUUAUCGCCUGUGUGCAACAGGGAUAAAACGUAUCUCUUUCGCGCCAUUUUGAAGCGCUGACAGUUUGUCAAAUCUAGUCUACGGCCGGUAUUGCAUCGAUUUUUUUUAUUACUUUUUUUUGUAAAUUAAAGUACUAAGCUGCAAUGUGCAAUAUUGGUGACGGAUAUUUGACAAUUCUAACCCCACUAAAAUUUAAUACGUAGGUAUUUAUAUUUUUACCUUAAACUAUGAAUUUUCAUACUGAAACCUUCUGUAAUUUUUUUUGACUAUUUUACAGAUUAUAAUUAUUCGGUUUUGGUGUCAUAUUUAAAUGCUGAGUCCUUUUGGGUAACAUAAAAUGCAACUUUUUAUACUGAGACUGUUUUAAAUUACCAGAUAUUAUUGAAUUUUUGAGAGGCAGUGUCAGUUCGAAAUGAUUAAACAAAGAGGCAAUUAAGAAAGUAGGCGUUCUUCAAAGUCGAAUCUUUUUAAAGUUCAAAGUCGAAAACUAUAGUUACCCAACUCGACUGUUCCUAUUGAAGGCAAUAUAUUAUUAUAUUUGUUGUGAACUAGAUGUACAUUUUCUUUAAUUUAAAUAUUGCAAUUGUGAUUGCAGUAAAAUUAUUAUGUAUGUAUUUUAAAUCGUAUGUUUGACGGGUAUUGGCUUACGUUGUUAUAGUGAAAUGGAAUAAAAUACUUGUUGUUAUUUUUACAUUUUUUUUAUUCUUUAACAUAUAUGUAUGUCAGGAAUUAAAAGAAAAAGGCGGACUACAAUACUUGUUUACCCCUUUUGGUUAGGAGUGAAUAUUUUUUGUGUUAGUAAAAGAGCUCUUUAUGCAGCUAACUGAUAUCUUAUCUGUAUUUCUUAUCAAAUAAUGAAACAAAGUUAAGGCGAUGUAAUGGUUUUCUUUGAAAUGGUGUUGAUAAGAUGUAACUAAAUUUAUCACCCCCACCUAUUUUAAGCAGGUUUGACGUAUUUCUAUUAAGCGUGGUCUUGACUCGAUUUUGUUAUUAAUAAGCGACGUAUAAUUAAAAACGUAUAAAGAAAAAAAUAUUUCGAUGCUAAGAGCACGUUUCUCUUAGUUCAGUGUAAUCUAACAGAUUUUUUUUAUAACGGAAGGUGGUAAACGAGAAGGCCGCCUGAAUAGACAUCCGCAAUUGCAAAUGCAUUGCCUAGCCUUAAUUGACAAAAGAGGAAUCGCACAUAAACAGGAUAUUUCCCCUUCCUGUGCGUCUCCUCCGGUGUCAAAUCCACUUUUCCUUCCCCUCAGUUCCUCUUAAGAAAAGGGCGGAAAGGAAAAGGGACCAAACUUUUUCUGUACUUCAAUUUCUUAAAAGACGAGUUGUCACGCCACUGGAUAUAUAUUUCGUAAAUAAGUUAUUAUGAAUUGAAUAACAAGCUAUAUUUAUAUUUUUUAAAUAAAAAAUUAAACAAGAUUAUGAUAGGAUUUUUAAUAAGGAUAGGAAAUAGGUCCGGUUAGUUACUGAUUACUUAUGAUUCUAUAUAAAAAAGAUUGUUAUCUUUAUGAAUUACCGAGUGUACCUUGCCCUAUGACGGUUUAUGUGGAGCGCGCCAAAACGCAACGCAAGUCGUUUGUUUGUUAUUUGCGCGCCGUUCUUCUACUGAUACGUUCUUGUAACAUGUCCCUCAGUAAAAUCUUCGAUUCUUUCGCGAAACAGUUUUUAAAAAUCACCCCAUAUAAAAGCUUCACAAAACAAACAAUAUGGCGGUCGCUUCCAAAUUCCCGGGCUUUUUCCCGCCCUUUCGGAACGCAAACUGCACUAGAUUUAGAUAAUAAAAUUUUAAAUUCGCCGUGGGGUGAAAUUAAAGUUGGGAACGAAACUUUAACUGAAUAUGUGUUUAGUGAUUACGAGUUAUGGGACGACAAGCCAUCAGUGACAUGCGGCGUUUCUGGUCGCUCAUACCCAUACGGGAUGCUGAGGAUGAUGGUGGAGAAAUGCGCGAUGGCUCUACUAAGCCACAUGAAGCUGUCUCCCGGCGAAAGAAUUGGUUUAAUACUACCUAAUAUCCCGGAAUUCGCUGCAAUUAUACAUGGCGCUAUUCGCGCUGGAUUGGUUGUUACAUUUGCCAACCCGUUAUAUACUGCUGAGGAGGUUCGCAGACAGUUCGUAGAUUGUGGUGUAAAGGCUAUAGGUACUAUAGAGAUGUUCAUGCCACUCGCGUUGGAAGUCAGCAAAUCUCUUAAGGACUACAAGGGAACUAUUUGGGUGGGAGGUGAAGAUGAUAAAGUUAAAGGUAUAUUUGGUCUGCGUUCACUUUUAAUGGCGGACCACAGCGCGGAGUUGCCGCAGUUGAACUGCGACGACGUCUGCCUCAUCCCGUACUCCAGCGGGACCACGGGAAUGCCCAAAGGUGUCAUGCUGACACACGCCAACCUCGUCUCCAACUUGAAGCAAGCUCAAUGCCCCAAGGUCAUGAAAUAUCAAGGAGAAAAAGGACACGGCGACGUAAUCCUUACGGUACCUCCGUUCUUCCAUAUCUACGGAUUUAAUGCAGUGCUCAACUACAACCUCAGUCUAGGAUACCACAUCGUCUCCAUGCCUAAAUUUACACCAGAAGAUUACAUAAAAUGUCUAGUAGAAUACAAACCAACUACGCUAUUCGUGGUGCCGUCGCUGCUGGCGUUCUUGGCCACGCACCCCCUCGUGAAGAAGGAGCACCUGCAGUCGCUGCAGACCAUCAUGGUGGGCGCGGCCCCCACCACCGACAGCAUGCUCGAGAAGUUCCUGCUCAAGUGUGAGAGGACUAAAGACGAAAUUAAAUUGUUACAAGGUUACGGUAUGACAGAGAGCUCGCCUGUGACGUUGAUGACUCCAUACAUAUAUCCAUACAACAAGGUGGGCUCCGUGGGACAGUUAAUACCGAGCACGCAGGCCAGGAUUGUCUCACUGAGUACUGGGGAGAACUUAGACGCACAUAAGUCUGGGGAACUGUACCUACGAGGGCCCCAAGUAAUGAAGGGUUACUGGAACAACGAGGCAGCGACGCGGGAGACGGUGGACGGCGCGGGCUGGCUGCACACCGGCGACGUCGCCUACUACGACGACGACCACUACUUCUACAUCGUCGACCGCACUAAGGAACUCAUCAAAGUUAAAGGCAACCAGGUAUCUCCUACAGAAAUAGAGAGCGUGAUAAUGGAACAACCUGAAGUAGCUGAUGUGGCUGUGGUCGGUAUACCUGACGCACUCGCGGGGGAACUGCCCAAAGCAUUCGUAGUACUCAAAGCGAACCACAAACUUACAGACAAACAAGUAUACGAUUUUGUGGCACAAAAACUAACGAAAUACAAACAUCUUGAAGGCGGGGUAGUUUUUCUGCAGUCCAUACCAAGAAAUGCAGCGGGGAAAAUACUGAGAAAUGAACUUAAAGUUCUAGGCACAAAGAAAUAGGUAUAAUUAGAUUUUUAAUACUAGAUAUCUUGUUAGCAGUUCAGUGAAUGUGUAUUUAAGUAGAAAGUUAUAGGUUAUGUGUAUAAAUAAUAAGAUUAAUGUAGAAUUUGUAAUUAUUUAUUUAUAUCAAACUUAGCUAUUAUAUUUAAACAUCAACUUGUAUAAAAUUAUUUCCUAAACAAACAAUAUCCGAUUUUAUAUUUCCUAUUAAAGAUUAUGGUCUUAGCUUAAAGUACUUAGCUAGUUCAAAGUUUUAAAAAUGUGGUAUGGUUGAUCUCUACAAAUCAUAUUUCCUUAAAAAGGAACAUUUUCGAUGUUACCUUAAACAUUUCCUUAGAAAAAUAAGAAAUACCUAUAUAAUUGUUGACUUAUUUUAAAAUCCUAUAUUUAUCGAGAAAAUGUGACCAUU